CUUGACGUUUCUGCGUUUUGGCCGCUGUCUCCACUCUCCGUUUUGGCCGCUGUUCUCCCCUCCCUGUAUUUUGGACUUUUGGCGAGAGUACCAUAUCAUAACGCAGCAAAAUCACCUCUUUCUCUAUCAUUCGACUUUAGGUUAGAACUUCCCCUCAAAAGUCAAAAGAGACUUUAGGUUAGAACUUAGAACUAGAAGCCCUUCCUUCUCACCUGCUCGGAUGCCGUAGCUGCUAAUCGAUCCUUCUAUUGCUCACCAGUUGGCCACCGCAGGAAGAAGCCAACAGCUCGGCCGCAGCAGGAGGAAGCCCGUCGCUCGCCGCCGCAGGGAGAAGCUCGCCGCUCUAUAGUUCCUGCCACUGGGGAAUGCUGAAGAGGACUUGACUUUGGCGCCCGUUCGAAUUCUCCAUAAAAAAUAGCUUUGUUCUUGCAAGUACAGAGUGAGUUCAAAUGGGGAGCCUCUUAGGAGAAGGAAGUGAAGUAGAUGAGCUGGACAAAGAUUUGGAGUAUGCGUUGCAGGUUGGUGAAGAUGAAUUGGACAAAGCGUUGGACUUGGCAUUGGAAGAUGGUGAAGAUGAUGAAGACGACGAUGAAGAAGAUGAGAGAGAUGGGGAUGGCAAUGAAGUGGAAGGGGCAGAGCAAGGACCGGAAGCCGCACCCUUGGUUUCAAUGGAAGGUGAUGGUCCUGGUAUGGAAUUUUUUCAGCAUUCCCUGUCUCUUGCAUAUGAAGCUCUAGCAGAGAAGAAGCGUCGAGCACUUGCUGAUUCUAAAGGGUAGUGAAGGGUCCACAAAGAAGGCUAGGCUAGAGGAUGCUCCUGAGGCUACCUUGGAAGACUUGGAGGCAACGUUUGGCAGUUCGCGAAGGAGGAAGUCACGGAAACGGAGGAAGAAUGGUAGGCGCAAAGGAUCCAAAAAUAAACUUAGCCAAGAAAUUUCAAAUAUGCUUGCUGAUGCUACUCUUCAUUAUGUGCAUCGGCGUUAUGAAGAGGGCAUAGCUAUUCUAAAAGAGGUUCUUAGGCUGGCACCAGUUGUACCUGAUGCAUAUCAUACACUUGGGCUUAUCUAUGAUAGGCUUGGCAAUUCUCAGAAGGCUAGGGGAUUUUAUACGCUAGCAGCACUCACAAAGCCCAAAGAUCCUUCUUUUUGGGAGGUUCUUUUUACCUGGCACAAAGAACAAGGAGACUUAGCUCGUGCGGUGAUGUGCCUUUCUAGAGCUGUACGGGCUGACCCCAGUAAUAUUUCUUUGAGGUCUAGCCUUACAAAUCUUUAUUUUGAGCUUGGAAAUUAUGCGAAAGCUGCCGAGACACAUGAACAACUUCUACAAAUUUGCCCAAAUGACUUGAGAGUUCUAAUGACAGCUGUGGAGUUGUACUCCAAAUGUGGCCAGAUGGAGCGAAGUGUGAGUAUUUUAGAGUGCUAUCUGAAGGAUCAUCCCUCUGAAGUUGAUUAUUGUGUGAUAAAUAUUCUUGUUGCCAUACUGAUGGAAACAAGGAACUAUGAUAGUGCUCUCAAGCAUAUUGAGCAUGCGCAACAGGUUUACUAUCUGGGAAAGGAAGUGCCUUUCCCUUUGAGAAUCAAAGCAGGAAUUUGCCAUGCCCAUCUUGGAGAUAUCGACAAAGCAGAGUCUUUCUUCUGUAGUUUGCAAAAGGAGAAUGUUGCUGCUUGUUCAGACCUGAUCACUGAAGUUGCUGAUGCUUUCACAAGUCUUGGCCAUUUCCACUCUGCGUUGAAGUAUUAUCAAAUGCUAGAUAUAAAUGGCAAACAUGUCAACGACGGUUGCAUACAUUUCAAAAUUGCCCAAUGUCACUUAUCCUUGAACAAUAGAGUGGAGGCAAUUAAGUAUUUCUACAAAGCUUUGCCCAAGCUCUCAGACAGUAUUGAUGCUAGAUUGGCUUUGGCUACUCUGCUCCUAGAGGAUUCUAAAGAGGAUGAUGCUAUUACUUUGCUAUCUCCUCCUGAAAAUUCUUCUGCAGUUAAUUGCAACCCUGAGAAACCGAAGCAAUGGUAUUCUAAUGUCCAAAUCCAAUUGAAACUCUGCCACAUAUAUAGAGCUAAGGGGAUGCUUAAGGCGUUUGUCAAUAUAUUGCUCCCUUUGGUUCGUGACUCACUUUAUGGCAAGACUUUUCCACAAAAGGCAAAGAAAAGGCUGACAACAAGUAUUCUACGUAAGAGAGUUAAAAUUCUUGAAGUUGGGGGAACCAAUGAUGUUUUUGAUGGCGUCAGACCUCUCGCUUCUCGAUCAGAUCGACUGAAAGCUGCCAGAGCAAGAAGGUUGUUGAAAAAGAAAGAAGAGCAGAAGGCUGCCGCAAGAGCAGAAGGCAUUGACUGGAACAGCGAUCUUUCUGAUGAUGACGAGUCUGCGGAAGUUAGAGAACCUCCUCCCCUGCCAAAUUUACUGGAGGAUGAAGAGCACCACAAUCUCAUUAUUGAUUUGUGCAAGGCCUUACAAUCCCUGCAAAGGUACUGGGAAGCACUGGAAAUCAUUAGCCUGACGAGGAAAUUGGCUUCUUCAAACAAACUACCUACUGAAAAGCGACAGGAGCUUCAGUCUCUGGCAGCUCAGAUAUCUUACUACACUGCCGACCCCAAACACUCUCUUGACUGCGUAAAAUCAGUGGUUCAGCAACGACCAUACAGUUUUGCUGCCUGGAACUGCUUUUACAAAAUAACUUCAAGAUUGGAAAAAACAUUUCCAAGGAAGUUCCUGCGGUACAUGCGAGCCAAGUAUAAGGACUGCGUUCCACCUAUUGUAAUCUCUGGCCAUCAAUUUACUGCUGGGAGUCUCCAUCAGGAUGCUUCAAGAGAAUACCUAGAAGCUUAUAAACUAUUGCCGGAGAACCCUCUGGUCAAUCUCUGUGCUGGUAAAGUAGCUCUGUACUUACCUUUUCUUCAGCAUCAUCAGUUUACUUGACUGGGUAUAGAGGUGGCAAAUGUGUUUGGAUUUGUCGAUUGUGUUCAUGAAUUUCUCCAUGCUCUUAAAAUGAAAUUAGUGGGUUAUCUCGAUUGAAUUGGUUGAUCAAAUGUUGGACUUAAUUUAACCAUUUUGUAAAAAGAUUUAGAAGAUGAAGUAAUUCAGCUAUUAAAUUGUAAUUGCGAAGCAAAACUUUCUGUGCAUAUAUGAAAGCUUGGUUCUAAAAAUCUAAAAUAUAAAUGCAAAUAUAUUCAAGUUCCAAAUGGUAAUUCACAUAAAUCCAUCGACCCAAUCCACCGAUCCGUUGGGGAUCAAACAAAUUUCGGACUAGAUGGAUUUCGAUUAUGUUGAUAUUUACUGGUUAGAUUUGGUUAGGGUUUGCCCCUCUGUCAUCAACUUGCAUUGCCUCCAAUCUGUUGAAUGGAACUCUUCUGCUUUCCAGGAACUGCAUUGAUCAACUUGGCACUCGGGUUCAGGCUUCAGAACAAGCACCAAUGCGUUGCACAGGGCCUGGCAUUCCUACACAACAAUCUUCGCCUUACCAGUGGGAAAAGCCAGGAGGCGCUCUAUAAUAUUGCCAGGGGAUAUCAGCAAGUUGGGAUGUCGACUCUGGCAGUCGCGUACUACGAAAAGGUUCUCUCCAUGUCCGAGAAGGACUAUCCAAUUCCCAAGCAUCGGAACGAGGAGAAUGUGGAAGAAGGCAGCAGCAACAACACUACUGUUGAGGAAGCUGCAGCAGGAGGAUACCGCGACCUGAGAAGGGAGGCAGCUUACAAUUUACAUUUGAUAUAUAUGAAAAGUGGAGCAGUUGAUCUUGCUAGGCAGGUACUUAAAACCCACUGCACUUUGUGACCCGGGGUAGAUUCGGUAUUAACAAAGUAGUACGAGACUGCACUUUGUUUUUCAGAAUCGGGACCUUGUAAGCUCUUACCGGAGGUGUAAAUAGACAAAUUAGAAUUUAGUAUUAACAAAGUAGUUUCAAUUUUCUUGGCCUCUUUAACUCUCUUUUUCCUAGUCGAUCUCUCCCAUUCUGUUGAAGGUUGACUAAACUGUAUUCUAUAGGUUGCAGUUGUAUACGUCUCGAAAAGUUAUGCGAAGUUUUUUUUUUUU